AUGGCGACGGUCAUAGUAGGUUCAGGAAUCAUUGGCGUGGCCACCGCGUUCUACCUAUCCCAGUCAGAAGCUCCCAGCUCGAUCCAUCUGGUAGACAAUUCCGAUGUACUGUUCUCAUCAGCAUCGGGAUUUGCCGGGGGUUUCCUGGCCAAGGACUGGUUCAGUGGCGCGAUGCUCCGUCUGGCCCAGCUGAGUUUCCAGGAGCAUCAAAGGCUAGCCCGUGAGCAAGGAGGUCCUGAGAAAUGGGGAUACCGGACUGGCACUGCUUUCUCUUAUAUCCCGGCCCCGGAAACAUCAGACUCCGCCAAGACCAUCUCUGGCGACUGGCUUCGACAGGGGACCAGUCGGUCCGAGGAGGCAGCAAACUCGGACGAGCCUGCGCAAGUUGAGGAGCGAGCGCCGGCUUGGCUGCGGAGGUACAAUGGUGACAGUAUUGACUGCCUCAGCGUGGAUACAGUGGCCCAGGUCGAUCCUGCGGCACUUUGCCGUUUCCUACUGGGGCGAUGUCUUGACUCUGGCGUCCACCUACAUCAGCCAGCCACUGUGCUGUCGGUACAUGCAGACAACCGUGGCGAGCUUGCCAGCGUACGGGUAGCCGAUACCAAGUCGUCGUUGGAAACGGACAUUCCGUGCACGAGGGUGGUUGUCGCAGCCGGUGCAUGGUCACCCGAAGUCUUCAAGGCAAUCUUUCCCGACUCACCGGUAGAGCGCAUCCCAAUAUUCAGCCUUUCGGGGUACUCACUACUCUUGAAAACGUCUCACUGGGCGGCCAACACCGUAGAUACCGGACUUCAACGAUCACACGCAGUAUAUACGGCACGGAUGGACGGUAUGGCACCUGAGAUGUUCUCAUGGGGUGAUGGGACUGUGUAUAUUGCCGGUCUUAACGACGCGGCCAUGCCACUACCCAAAGUUGCGACCGACGCCAAGAAACAAAUGCAGCCCGAGUCGGUGGCGAGGCUAAAGGACACUGCGAAGAAGUUAGUAAAGGGCGAGCUCGAGUUUACGCGGGAAGGUCUGUGCUUCCGGCCGGUCACGGAUAUCGGCACUCCUAUAAUCUCGAGGGUGCCGGACGAGAUGCUUGGUAAUGGCGUCACAACGAGGGGCGGAGGCCAAGGCGGCGUCUUUCUUGUUGCUGGGCAUGGGCCGUGGGGGAUCAACCUGAGCCUGGGGACGGGGAAAGUAGCCGCCGAGAUGGUCAUGGGCAGGGAAAGCAGCAUUGGAGACUUGGAUUUUUUUUCUCUGUCGAGGUUCGUCUGA